AUGCCAUUCUUUCUAGACAAUGUACCCACACCCAAGAACAAUCUCGAACCAUCAUACCGGUUUCUCAAUGAUGAAUUGUUUAUCAAGCUAGAUGCCGUAAACAAACAAACACUUGGUGAGUUCAAAAACAUAUCUGAUAAGAAAGCGUAUAUUAUUAACUCUUUCAUCCAGCAGUUCAAACUACACAUUGGGAAUGACAUAUACCCCAGUGCGAGAUUAAUAUUUCCCGACAAGGCAGGAAGAUUAUACUAUAUUAAAGAUAUAGUAUUAGCGCGAUUAAUUAUUAAAAUGUACAGCAUUCCUAAGGAUUCAGACGAUUACAGCAUGUUAUACAAUUGGAAGCUACAAUACCAAAAGACAAAAAGGUUUACCGUUGACCAACAUAAACUUCGCGAUUUACCAUUGCAAGCGGCAAGAAUUAUUUCCAACAGGAGGAAUUACAUGAAUGAAACUCAUGAAUUCAGUGUUGCCGAUAUCAACGCAAAACUUGACGCGUUAAAUUUGGCCAAGAAGUCAGCCGAACAAAUUGAGAUAUUGAAGCCAUUAUUUGAUACAUUGACCAUUCCCGAAUUACGCUGGUUGAUUCAUAUUAUUCUUAAAAAGACCAUACUUGGAUUUUUUGAAAAUUAUUUCUUAAAUAGCUGGCAUCCUGAUGCAAGCCGAUUAUAUUCUAUUUGUAAUAAUUUGCAAAAAACAGUAAAUUACUUGGUUGAUCCGAAUACAAGAGUAGAUCCCAAUUUAUUAACUGUCCAUCCAUUCUAUCCAUUCAAGCCACAGUUGGCGCAAAAGUUGAGUAGUUCAUAUGCCAAAUUAAUCAAAGACUUCCAGAAAAUAACCGAUAUGGAACCACAGAUGCAAACAUUAUUCGAUAAAUUAGAUCUAAAAGAUAAAUUUUACAUUGAGGAAAAAAUGGAUGGCGAUAGAAUGGUAUUGCAUAAAGAAGGACCCCAUUUCAAAUUUUAUUCCCGUCGAUUAAAAGAUUAUUCAUUCUUGUAUGGAGAAAACUAUGAAUUUGGUUCAUUGACAAAGUAUCUAACUGAAGCAUUUCCUGGUAAUGUAGACUCGGUGAUUUUAGAUGGAGAAAUGGUGGCUUAUGAUUAUGUUAGGAAAGCAAUUCUUCCAUUUGGUACAUUAAAAUCUCUGGCUAUUCAAGAAAGUGUGCGACAGUACACCAUUAUUGAUCAAUAUGAACAACAAUCUUCAUACCCUUACUUCCUCGUGUUUGAUAUACUUUACUUGAAUGGACGCAAUCUAACCAACUAUCCCUUGUUCUUUAGGAAGAACAUCUUGAAUAAGGUUAUCCGACCUAUUCCUAAUCGGUUUGAAAUCCACGAUUCAAGAAUUAGUUCCAGUAUAGAAGACAUAAAACGAGCAAUUCGAGAAAUUGUCGGCAGUAGAAGUGAGGGGUUGGUAUUGAAACAUACACAGCUGAAGUAUCAUAUUGGGUACCGUAAUCUCAAAUGGAUAAAAUUGAAACCAGAAUAUUUAGAGAAAUUCGGAGAGAAUCUAGAUCUUGUUGUCAUUGGCAAAGUGCCUGGGGUCAAGAAUUCAUACAUGACCGGACUCCGGAAUGAAACUGAUGGAUCAUAUUAUAGUUUCUGCAUGUGUGCCAAUGGUUUUACCAAUGAAGAAUUCGACAAGAUUGAACGUAUAACUCAUGGAAAAUGGAUCAAGACUAAAGAUCAAAUACCUUCUAAACUGGUUAUACAGUUUGGAACCAAACAACCACCUUGGUGGAUCAAUCCUCGAGAUUCACUAGUAUUGGAAAUUAAAGCAAGAUCCAUUGAUGCCCAAAGUGAAAAGACAUUCGCGGUGGGAUCAACUUUGCACAACAUGUAUUGUAGAAGAAUAAGAACUGACAAGAAUAUAGAUGAAUGUAUCUCAAUGCAGGAAUACUUCCAGUUGAAGGAAAAGUUUCUGACUGAUGUAUUAAAAUCUCAAAGUGCUGCAUUGAAACGGAAGCAGUUGCAUAACUUGGAUUUAUUUAACGAAUCAACUAUCAAAAAGCAAAGAGUAGAAUCAAAUUUGUUUGCUAGGUUUAAUUUCAUGAUUGUCAGUGAUAAGUUGGAUCCUAUAACUGGUGAACGAACUUCGCGAGAGGAGUUGAUGAAGUUGGUUAAGAAGUAUGGGGGUAAUUUGAUCAAUGCAGUUGAUGUGUUGACUGCAGAUAGGAUGCUCGUUAUCACUGAGAAGAUGCUUCCACUUUGUGAAUCAUUUAUCAAUCGAGGAAUCGAUUUAAUAAAACCAAAUUGGAUAUUCGAGUGUAUUAAUCGGGGAACUAUACUACAGUUAGAGCCAUUCUUUAUAUUCAGUACUUCUAACUGGGAUAAGUAUACCGUUGGGAAAGUAGAUCAAUUUGGCGAUUCGUAUAUUAUAUAUAAUCUGAUCACUGAAUUAUCUAUCCCUAGGUUGAGUGACAGUGAAUUAAGAGGAGCAAGAAAAUUACACAUGCAUGAAUGGGGAGAUCAAAGACCCAAAUUGUACUUGUUUCUUGAUACCAACUUCUUUGUUGUAGGUGAUACCAUGAGUGCAAAGUUCUUGGGGCAGCGAAUUAUGAGGUAUACAGGAGAAAUCACCAAGGACAUCAACGGUUGUUCCUAUAUUGUUGUGCCAAUAUAUGACGAUGAGAAGAAUAGAAUAGAGACUUUGGAUGCUGUCAAUAAAAUCUCUUCUAAAAUCAGUGAAGGUUUACUAUUUGAUGAAGGGUCAUUCACGAGGAUCCCAUUCAUUGUAACUGAAAAGUUUAUUGAUCAGUGUAUAAAAGAGAAUUGUAUUGUUGAUCCUGAAGAUUAUAAGUACUACCAAAAGCAGAUUUCUUUUCUGAAGAAAAGUUUUGCAAUCAAUUAAAUUUCCACUCUACCAAACUUAUAUCAGAUUCUCUAUGGAAAUUUAUGCAAUGAGCUUCUAGAUGUGUAAUUUCAUUUUAACUCAGUAAAUAGCUAAUGGAUUGAUUUUCUGGCGUUAUAGUCCCCAACGGAAUGUAGACAAUGGCAAAGGAAAACAAAACUACCACAUCGGUGUUAAAUAACAAAUUAGGAUAUUGGUACAUGAAUUCAGCCCCACUUAACCCGCACGGGAUGCAAAGGAUACCCUGUCAAAUGAAAACUAUAAAUGUGUCAAAAAUUCCCCUGAAUGAAUUCAAAAAAAUGAAACACUUCUUUUACUUAAUUAAUUCAACUACCAAUGGUUUAAUAAGGUAUUUCAAAGACCAUAACUGGCGAGAAUUACUACCAUAAUUUAAAUCAAGCAACGACAUAUAUUCAGGAAUUGACAAAAACAAUCAUCCAAUUCUGAAGAGGUUGAUCUAUGGAAGAAUAAUACUAUAUGUAAAGCAGGCAUACUUAUAGGAUUAUUCUUCCAAGGUGAAAAUAUUUCAGACUUGACAAUUGUUAAAAUCUGUUGAAUUAGCAAGUUUAAUAUAUGUUGCUAAGCAAUGUCUACAAUAAAAGCUCCAAUUUAUAUCCCCUCCCCCCUAUUCUGAUGUAGGUUGAGCUAUAAGAUAAAAGUAUUGUAUGCAAAGUUUUCUGAUAAUACAUAAGAUUUCUACUCCAAGGUACAAAUAUUACAGAGGAGAACCAUAGCUGGUGUUGGAUUUAAUUGCUUUAACUAGUUUAUAUGUUGUUCAGUCUAGACCUUAUCAAAAGAAACUCCCACCCC